UCCCUACGAGUCGCAACGCCACGCCAAACCCUCAGUUUCCACGAAUUCAUACUUUGGGAAGACGGAUACCGCCUUCAGUAUCUGCGUAAACUCGGAUUUUCCUCUGGCACGGCCACGACUCAACUGACGACUACUCCCCACUUGCUGCCGUCUUGGCGCGAGCGCGAGACCUGCGUUCGCUUGACAUGACGUUGUUGGACCGCGGGGCUCCGACUGUGGCUGGCGGCCUCUGCGAUGCAAUCGUCGCACUCCGUGAUCUGCGCGAGUUCGCGCUGUGCGGCGUUACCAAGGACAGCAUGGCGCUCUGCGAGAGGUUGAUCUGCAAGCCGAGGGUAGUCCCCAAGCGUAUGCAGACAGUGGAAUAUGAUAGGCUCGUCCACAUACCCUUCCUGCGGAACGCAGCGGAGGUGCUCAUAGCCGACCUGGGUCUUCACAAAACUGCCCCAGAAUGGUCAACGUUGCCCUUACCAAUCUCGGCCGAUCUGUGGCCUAGCACACAUACCUUGCGGCUCAGAAACAUGGAUCCGUUGGUUCUCGUGAGGUUCUGCCCGAAUCUCGCGUGCCUCCAUAUCACCUUCAAGUCGUUCGCGAACGACUGGUUGGUAUUCUUUGCGGGUGACCACCGUUUCCCCUAUACCGCUUCCUUCGCGCACGAUGUCUCCGCGCGCCUACGUGUCCUCGAGGUCUUCGUUGAAGGCCGAGGGCCCAUGCCCGGGGAGACUGUCGUCGCCACGGUGCGUGCGACACAGCCCGUGGUCUUCUCAGUAGAGUGCUACGAUGGCGCAGCGUUUUGGGGGCAGCUCGCGGCGUUAUUCGAACACCCGGCUGCACGGCUACGAUACCUGGAUGUGCUGAUGCAUGGCGAUGUCGACGAUGCGCAGAAAUGGAUGGACAAAUACCUCCCGCUCCUCUCCGCUAGUAACAUCCUCUGUGUCCGGCUCAAACUUGCCCUCGACUCCAACGAUUUUAAUGUUUCUUCUGACUUCGACUCCCACUCUGACACUGGAUAUGACAAUGAUGGCAAGUGGGAAAAGCUGGGCAAUGCGGCUCCUAGGCUGCUCGCAGAAGAGAUCCCCACUCUCCGCUAUGUUGCCGUGGCCUCUGGGCGCAUGGUCGUGAACGCCGACUCGGAUAUUCCUCAGGGCUCAAUAUUCCGUGGGCGAAUGCACCGGUGGUGGCGUAUCGAUGCUGGCGAGGCGGUGGCCGAGAAGCGCUCAGUGGAUUUAGUAGAGAUCAGUGCAGAGGAGGGGCAGAGGCUGGAUGAGUAUAUGCGUGGCGAGGCUUUCGCGGAUACUUUGCAGCUUUAGGUACUGGUAGCCUGUUGUACUAUAUCCGAAUAUGACGGUGAUUCACUGGCAUCACACUUUGCUAGUGCAUUCUUCCCGUGCUCAUUCUUCCUCGCGGGAUAAGGAUCCGUUAGCUGAGGCCACUCGGACAUCCACGCGUCAUACAUGAGACUUCAAACCCGACGCUAGGAAAUGAAUCGUCAGACCACCUACACGUACCCACUCGUAGUGCCAGA